AUGGAAAACAGUUGUGCGAUUUGGAAGAUUUUUGUUUUAUAUAUUUUCCUUCAAUUAUCAGUUUAUAGCUCCAAUGGAGAAUACACUUACGGUACAGUCACAUGUAAAGAUCAGAAAUGUGAAUACCGGCCAAAUGUUUUGAACUUUAAGGGAACAGCCUGUGGUACCUAUAACGACACGCUAGAUCAAACAGGUUGGGGGAUCCUGGAUAUUGUGGGCGGACAGGGAAAUGAUGCAGACCUUGACAUCAUGUAUGGGGCAGGAUACCUAGAGGGAAUCUUCACUGCAGAGAGAAUUUGGCAACAUUACCAGAAUCUGAAGGAUUUUUUCUUGAGUCAAAGAAAAGAUGAUGUGGUGAAGAAUCUUGCAAAAUGGUUUGAUCAGCAGAACAUGUGGAUGAGAAGUAUGAUCAAAAAGAGUUCAGGUGAUCCACUGUGGAGGCAUGUUGGUCUCAUUAUGGCACAGUUUGAUGGGCUGGUAGCUGGAUAUAAAUCUGUGGCAAAAUCUGACCAGGAUCUGGAUGUUUUUGCUUUCCAAGUCUUGAAUGGAGCUGGUGAUCUGCUGGACCUGAUGAAUAUAAUUGACCCGUCCUCAGCCGCAGACUGGACACAGAUGACCCACAGUCAAGUUCUCUCCUAUGUACAAGACCGGGGCAUGUGCUCUGCUCUUAUCAAGGUACUUGGGGCAUAUGAGGAUGUCUUCAUGUCCCAUUCCAGCUGGUUUGUGUACCAGGCAACCAUGAGAAUUUACAAACAUUAUAAUCUGAAUGUAAGAGAUCCGGCCACUUCAGCGAAACGAGUUUCAUUUUCCAGCUAUCCAGGAUUUUUGGAAUCUCUGGAUGAUUUUUAUCACAUGAGCAGCAAGUUAGUCAUGUUGCAGACCACAAAUAAUGUCUUCAACAAAACGCUGUACAAUUAUGUCAAACCUGAGUCACUGUUUGCUUGGCAGCGGGUCCGAGUAGCAAACAUGAUGGCCAAUGGGGGAGAAGAGUGGGCAAAAAUAAUGGCUCAGUAUAACUCAGGCACCUAUAAUAACCAGUACAUGAUAAUUGAUCUGAAGAAAAUUCAUCUGAAGUCAGCCAUAGAGAAUGAUGCAUUAUGGGUAGUUGAACAGAUUCCUUCUCUUGUAGAAGCAGGAGACCAGUCUGUCAUUUUAAGAACAGGUUACUGGGCAUCAUAUAAUGUUCCAUUCUUUGAAAAAGUCUAUAACCUGAGUGGGUAUCCAGAAGUUGUGAAAAAGAUGGGGACAGACUUUUCCUACCAACUGGCCCCGCGAGCCAAAAUAUUCAGAAGAGAUGAGGGCAAAGUUUUGGAUUUGCCUUCCAUGAAACACAUCAUGAGAUACAAUGAUUACAAAAAUGAUCCGUAUUCAGAAGGAAAUUCCUGUAACACCAUUUGUUGUCGUGGAGAUUUGCGGGAAAAAGAGCCAAAACCAAGUGGUUGCUAUGACACCAAGGUGUCUGACUAUGAAAUGGCAGUCAAUUUUCAGGCUGAUAUUAUCAAUGGGCCAACAUUAGGAACUGGGUUACCUCCCUUUUCUUGGACACCAGAGUUUAAGCAGGCACAUCUGGGUUUGCCUACAACCUAUAAAUUUGACUUUAUGAGGACUUCUCCAAAAUUCAAAACCCCAUAAGAAACAAUCCAGCCAUAUAGAUCUAUUUUUUUCUAUCAAUGAUGCCCAUCUUAUUGUUCAAUAGGGCAAACUUUAUGAUAAAUUUAAUUAAGGUACACAUACCAUUCAAU